AGGGCGGCGGAGGCGGCGGCUGCAAAGGAAGGGAGCCGGGUCGCCGCGCCAGGUCUCUCGGCCAGAGCUUUUUCCAUGUGGAGGUUCUUUCAAUGGACGUGUCGCCGCGUGCUUCUUAGACGGUCUGCGGUCUCCUAAAGGUCGACCAUGGUGGCCGGGACCCGCUGUCUUCUAGCGUUGCUGCUUCCCCAGGUCCUCCUGGGCGGCGCGGCCGGCCUCGUUCCCGAGCUCGGCCGGAGGAAGUUCGCGGCGUCCACGGGCCGCUCCUCGUCCCAGUCUUCGGACGACAUCCUGAGCGAGUUCGAGUUGCGGCUGCUCAGCAUGUUCGGCCUGAAGCAGAGACCCACCCCCAGCAGGAACGCCGUGGUGCCCCCCUACAUGCUGGACCUGUACCGCAGGCACUCGGGCCAGCCGGGCGCGCCGGCCCCGGACCACCGGCUGGAGAGGGCGGCCAGCCGCGCCAACACGGUGCGCAGCUUCCACCACGAAGAAUCUUUGGAAGAACUGCCAGAAAUGAGUGGAAAAACAACCCGGCGAUUUUUCUUUAAUUUAACUUCUAUCCCCACCGAGGAGUUUAUCACCUCAGCAGAACUUCAGGUUUUUCGGGAACAGAUGCAGGAACCUUUGGAAAACAAUAGCAGUUUCCAUCAUCGAAUUAAUAUUUAUGAAAUUUUAAAACCUGCAACAGCCACCUCAAAGUUUCCCGUGACCAGACUUUUGGACACCAGAUUGGUGAAUCAGAAUGCAAGCAGGUGGGAGAGUUUUGACGUCACUCCUGCUGUGAUGAGGUGGACUGCACAGGGAAUUACCAACCAUGGAUUUAUGGUGGAAGUGGCCCACUUAGAGGAGAACCAAAGUGUCUCCAAGAGACACGUUAGGAUUAGCAGGUCUUUGCACCAAGAUGAACACAGCUGGUCACAAAUAAGGCCCUUGCUAGUAACAUUUGGCCAUGAUGGGAAAGGACAUCCUCUCCACAAAAGAGAAAAGCGUCAAGCAAAACACAAACAGAGGAAACGCCUUAAAUCCAGCUGCAAGAGACACCCUUUGUAUGUGGACUUCAGUGAUGUGGGGUGGAAUGACUGGAUUGUAGCCCCUCCCGGGUAUCAUGCCUUUUACUGCCAUGGGGAAUGCCCUUUUCCCCUGGCUGAUCACCUGAACUCCACUAAUCAUGCCAUUGUUCAGACGUUAGUUAAUUCAGUUAACGCUAAGAUUCCUAAGGCAUGCUGUGUCCCAACGGAACUCAGUGCUAUCUCCAUGCUGUACCUUGAUGAAAAUGAAAAGGUUGUAUUAAAGAACUAUCAAGACAUGGUUGUGGAGGGUUGUGGGUGUCGUUAGCACAGCAAAAUAAAAAAAUAUAUAUAUACAUAUAUAUUUUAGGAAAAAAAGUUGACACUUUAAUAUUUCCCAAUGAAGACUUUAUUUAUGGAAUGGAAUGGAGGAAAAAAAAACAGCUAUUUUGAAAAUAUAUUUAUAUCUACAAAAAGAAGUUGGGAAAACAAAUAUUUUAAUCAGAGAAAUUAUUCCUUAAAGAUUUAAAUGUAUUUAGUUGUACAUUUUAUAUGGGCUUAACCCCAGCACAUGAAGUAUAAUGGUCAGAUUUAUUUUGUAUUUAUUUACUAUUAUAACCACUUUUUAGGAAAAAUAGCUAAUUUGUAUUUAUGUGUAAUCAAAAGAAAUAUUGGGUUUGUACAUAAUUUUCCAAAAAUUGUAGUUUUCUGUUGUGUGUAUUUAAGAUGAAAAGUCUACAUGGAAGGUUACUCUGGCAAAGUGCUUAGCACAUUUGCUUUUUUGCAGUGCUACUGUUAAGGUCACAAGUUCAAGUCCAGAAAAAAUAAGUGGAUAAUCCACUCUGCUGACUUUCAAGAUUAUUAUACUAUUCAAUUCUCAGGAAUGUUGCAGAGUGGUUGUCCAAUCCAUAAGAAUUUACGUCCUUAUUAGAUGGAAUAUUUGGAUGAGAACCAAACAUUGCUGAUCUAAUAUAAAAAGUCUUACCCCCCUCCUUAAUUUGCAGAAACAAAGCAAAACCAGUAGAAUUAAUUAGGAAAAAUAUGAACCUGCAGGAAAGUGGAUGAUGGUUUAUUUUUCUUCUUUCCUAAAUUAGUGAUCCAUUCAAAGUGAGUAGUCUGGCUAAAGUAUUAAAUAAAACAUAAGAGUUUUUUUCAUUAUGGAUAUUGUGGUCAUAUAGAUGUAUGUUUAAAGUUGGCAUGUAGUGGUCCUCAUGGAAAUAAGCAAAUCAAUUUUUACCUCAUUUGGGAGUUCUUUAUGCAUAGAAAGACCCAGUUUUCUCACUUCAUCUGAUUCACAGCAAAAUUGUCCCCAUAAUGUGUUCUGCCUAUUCAUAUUCUUUGUUCGAUCAGCUUGCUUUUUCUUUCCAGUGUUGUGUUUAAACACAAUUCUCAAAAUGUUAAACCUAUUUCAGAUAAUAAAUAUCAGUGCUCUGGCAUUUCAUUUUAUAAAGGCCAA